AUGAAACAAGCUGAGGAAGUCUCCGUGCAAGCUGCAUCCCACGGGACUUUACUCAAUACAUCGAGAUUAGAUCAAUUGAUCAAUAAGCUCGAACAGAAUGCGCAAGUCGCCAUCUUGCCCUCAGCUGCAAACAAGCUUCGCAUACUCUUAGACGGGCCGCAGAAUAGUCUAGCUUCACUUCAUGUCGUCGCUGAUUUCGAUAUGACUCUGACGAAGCACUGGAAUGCGCUUGAGCGCAACAUCAGCAGUCAUGGCGUUCUUGAACGUGGUGAACAUGUCAAUAAGGAGUUCGCUAUACAUACGCGUCAACUCUAUCAUCACUACUAUUCCUAUGAAAUUUCGACGAGCAUAGGUCACGAAGAGAAGACCAAACUCAUGAUUGAGUGGUGGACAAAAGCACACGAAGCGAUGAUUGCAGAAGGCUUUACACGCAGAUCUAUUGAGCGGCAAGCAAGGGAUGCCAAUAUGCAGUUCAGAGCAGGCGUCAAGCAGCUGAUCGAUUUGUUAGAUGCACGGCGAGUCCCAUUGCUUAUCUUCAGCGCAGGUAUUGGCGAUGUCAUCGAAGCCCUUUUGCGAGUCAAUGACCUAAGCAGACCAAAACAAGCCAUUGUAUCCAACAAGAUGCGAUUCAGUGAUGAGCAUGGAAGCAGCAAUCCAACAUGUGUCGACCUAGACGCACUGCUCAUUGGAUUUCAGGAACCGUUGGUGCAUUCACUCAACAAGGGCGAGCGUGUUGUGCAAUCUCACUCAACGCUCUCACAACAAAUUCACGAGCGUCGUCAAGUCAUCUUGCUAGGUGACUCACCAGGGGAUGCGCAAAUGGCUGCAGGUGCCCAGCACGAUGUUGUUCUCAAGAUUGGCUUUUUCAACUUUGGCGACGAGGCAAGAAGACGAGAGUUUGAGCAGGUCUUUGAUAUUCUCGUUCUUGGAGAUUCGUCAAUGGACCCUGUCAUUGAAUUACUGCAGGCUAUAGAAAGCGCAUGA